AUGAUACCUCCAAUGUUGCUACACUGGAUGUACAAUUUGACAAUAACGCAUGUGAACAGGACAGACAGCGGAGAAUACCGAUGUGUGGCGAGCAACGAACUUGGAAAUGAUACCUCCAAUGUUGCUACACUGGAUGUACAAUAUCCACCUGAGAUCACUGUUCAUCCAGAAGCCGAAACGAAAUCAGAAGAAGAAAACGUAACUUUAUCUUGCAAAGCUGAUGGAAAUCCAGUACCGACAAUGUCAUGGACCAGAAAUGGAUUUCCUGUAGAUCAAAGCGGAAGGAUCAGUUUUUCAGCAGACAAAAAGCAGUUGACAAUAACGCACGUGAACAGGACAGACAGCGGAGAAUACCGAUGUGUGGCGAGUAACAGCCUUGGAAAUGAUACUUCCAAGGCAUCUACAGUGGAUGUUCAGUAUCAACCAAAGAUCACUGUUGACCCACAAGCUGUGACAACGACAGAAGGAGGUAACCUGACCUUAUCUUGCAACGCUACUGGUAAUCCAGUACCAACAAUGUCAUGGACCAGGGAUGGAUCUCCUGUAAAUACAAGUGGAAGGAUCAGUUUUUCCGACAACAAAACGCAGUUGACAAUAAUGGAUGUGAGCAGGACAGACAGCGGAGAAUACCGGUGUGUGGCAACAAACAGGGCUGGAAAUGAUACCUCCAAUGCUGCUACACUGAAUGUCCAAUAUCAACCCGAGAUCACUGUUCAUCCUCGAAGUGUUGUAAAAACAGAAGGAGACAACGUGACGUUAUCUUGUAAUGCUACUGCAAAUCCAGUACCAACAAUAUCAUGGUUCAGAGAUGGAUCUCCUGUAGAUUCUUCUAGGAUCAGUUUUUCAGAGGACAACAAGCAGUUGACAAUAACGGAUGUAAACAGGACAGAUAGCGGAGAAUACCGAUGUGUGGCGAGCAACGAACUUGGAAAUGAUACCUCCAACGCUGCUACACUGGAUAUUCAAGGUAAUGUGUUAAGCAUGUUGGAAUUCAUUUUCAUGCAGUUGUGAUUAAGAUCUUUCUUU